AUGGGGGUGUCAGGGGCAGCAGAUGUGGGCGUCGGCAGUGAGGAUGGGGGAGGGGAUGGGAGCGACAUCAGGUCGUGGCGCUAUAAUUGGGGGGAAAAAAAGGGGAUCGGAGGACAGGUCACGGUUUGCCCCCAAUUCGCGAUCCCCCCUCCCACUCCGGCCCAGAUUCCGGCGAGCCGUCGCCCCCGACCCCCAAAUUGGCCGCGGAUCCUCGCCGCCCUCGCCGCGGGCUCCCGAUCGGAUAGUAUGGUGUUUUCACAUAACAAAAAUGCCAAUCAGUUUGACCCUCUUUCGUAUGUUAACCUGAGUGGACUAGAUGCUGACAAUCAACCUUCCUCAUUUACCGAAAUGAACUCAAGAGAUGCUCCUUCAAAUUCACAUGUUACAGAUGUUGGAAAGGAGAACAUGUUCAAUAACCCAGAGGAAUCAAAGAUCGCAAGCACUGGUCUUAAGGAUGGCUCUCCAAUUUCCCCUGAGAACUUCAGUUUUUCUUCUCUCCCAGGCAGCAGUUGUCAUUUGUCUACGCUGGAUCAUGGCAAGCGAUCUCUUUCUGAUGUCAGGCCAUUCCAGGUUGCCUGUAAGCGCCCAAAGCAAACAGACGAAAAUACCUGGUUGACGAGCACGUUUGACACAUCUUUUUCAGAUUUAGCUGGUGAGACAAGAGAGCCAGAUCACUUUUGUCAUAAUAGUGGUAUCUCAGCCUGCAAUACUAGUUCUGGCAUCCCUUACUCUAAUCUCGAGGAAUUAAUUGGAGAGGAAAACUUAUACCUACCAGAUUGGGUGACUACAUUCCCUGGUUAUAUUGAAGAUUUUUGGCCAGCUGCUGUGGCUGACCCGGCUGAUGACAUCAGCUCUCCUAUCCAUGAACACCUCCCUAGAAAAGCUGUUGCAAUUGGACCUGACCACCAAGCUGACAUUCCGGAAUGGAGGCCUAGACUUUCAAUGACCGUGCCUGGUGGUUCUGAAUCUUGUGCUGAUUUGUCAUACAGUUCUGUUUCCACUUCAGGGUCUUCUCCCAGGGAUGAGGACAGUGAAAAUGAUAAGUGGAUCAAGCACUGUGUCAUCCCAACGCCGAUUUCAUGUUCUGUUACUUGGGUUGGAGGCUAUGAAAAACAUUGUGGGUGCAGUGAUGAGGGUUCCAUUAGAUGUGUAAGACAGCAUGUUAUGGAAUCCAGAGAAAACCUCAAAAGAAGAUUUGGAGAGGACAUAUUUCGUGAGUUAGGUCUCAGUGAAAUGGGAGAAGAUAUUGCUCGGAGAUGGACAGAUGAGGAGGAGAGUCUCUUCCAUAGAGUUGUUUACUCUAAUCCUCCUUCCUUGGGCAAGAACUUUUGGCAUUUUCUCCCACGUGCUUUGCCAGGUAAAACUAGCAUGGAGCUUGUCAGCUACUAUUUCAAUGUCUUCAUGCUUCGUAAGAGGGCUCGGCAAAACAGAUCAGAACCAUUGCACGUGGACAGUGAUGAUGAUGAGGUUCCUGAUGAGCCUUCUGUAACAGAGGAGGACGAGGAUUCUGCAGUUGAGUCCCCAGCACAUGGUUACUACAUGAACAAUCCCAUGACGCCAGACUCUGAAGAAUCCUUCCCUGAAAAGGUAGCUGAUAGUUUAUCUGAGCUCAGAGAUGGACCAAGCCAGAAGAAUAUGGAAUCAAGCACAGAUAAUCCUGUAGGUGACGCCGACAUCCAAGAUGAGUCAUGCACAUCAUUUGAGGACCAUCGUAAUGGAGCUCAUGAGUCUAAUGGGGUUCAAUGUGCAGAGUUCCACAUGAUGGUGCCAAAUGCUACUCUAGACCACUAUGGUGACCAAGGUGCGUGCAUGUAGUUGUUUCUCGUGACUAUGAGCAUAAAAAAUAGGUUAUUAGAUGUUGACAUCAUGACAGAGCCUUCGAGGAUAUGGCUGAUGAAAGAGAUCAGAUGAUUUGUAUAUUGGAUUGUCAAUGCUUUGUUGAGAAAGUUGUUAUGAAAAAGUAUGACGACAAUACAAUAAAGUGGAUGGCCUUGGCGUUUGCCAAAUUUCAAACGCUGAGAUGGUUUUGAUAUUUGCUGAGGUUUUGAAAUGUGAGGGGAUUGCGCAACCGAAAGUCAAGACCAUUGCAUUGACAACAGAUGCCUUUGCCUUGGUAGGGCUGUUGCUCCAAGCCAGAAAAGGCUCGACGGGAGCGAGCUGUAUAGUGGUCAACUAGCUCAGUAUUUUUCAAAGCCAUUUUGUAAAGUAGCAUUUGGGACAAAACUGAGCUUUUGUGCGAUGUCGUCUUAUAUUCAUUCAUUGUACUCUUCCGGUCGUAUAUGUACAACCUAUUGCAUUGUGCAGUUGGAGUUGUAGAACUUAGUUGUCUGACCGUCGCCACAGUUGCAGCUACUCUGACCGAAGUU